AUGCCACCGAAGCGAAAACAAGUUGGCGAGACGCCAUCCGAGAGCAGUUCGACGCGAGCCACCCGGAGCUCUACACGCGCCUCGACUGAAAAAAAGGGAGGGGAUGCGUCAGGCCCGACAUCGCAGAAAUCUACGAAAAAGGCAGCUGCAAAGACCACAAAACAGGCAGCCCCGUACGUCCCUCCCGCGAAGAAGGCAAGAACCAGCAACCUUAGGACCACGAAGCGAGGGAGGAAGUCAAACACAACGUACGGCAAUUUGUAUAGGCAACUUCGCGGGAGCUCAUCUUAUUUUUUUUUCCUGUUUAUUUCUCGCUUUCCACGCUAUCGCCUCGCGUCCUCCUACUCGCCCCUCCCCUUUCGUGCCGCCGGGGAAUCCAAGAAGCUGGCAGCUGGCAAACUUGAACCUUACGCUUCCGCGCGUUCCGUCGCGCUCUUCGAGACAUAUGCAGACCCAGAUACAUCCGAUGUCAUAGGCCCUGAAGGGCUCGAGAAGUUGUGUUCGGACGCAAAUAUCCCAAUGGAGGGAGCAUUGCCCCUGCUCUUUUCUUGGCAACUGGAAGCUCAAGAGAUGGGAAAAUUCACGAAAGGCCAAUGGAUCAAGUGGACUUCCGCGCGCAAGUACGUCUCCUUGUUCCUUUACCGCGCUCGCAGAAUAUCCACACUUUCUCAGAUAUACCGGGCAUUAUCAGACCUUGACGAUCUCUUGAUUGAUGGGAAGCCUCCGUUGAAGCGUCCCACCAAUGCAAAGAAGAAUGAUGAGCCAUACGAUCGAACCGCAUACUGGAUCUACGCUGCUGAUACAAAAGACGCGUUUCGCAAACUUUACAUGUUCUGUUUUACUCUGGUGAAGCCUCCGCAAUCCCGGAAUAUUGACAUGGAGACCGCCACUGCCUUUUGGACUGUGUUAUUGGCCCCGAAGUCGCCUCUCAUGAAGGAUGUCCUGGAGUUUGUCGCUAGAAAGGGAGAGGUUUACAAGGCAGCAAAUAAGGAUUUAUGGACCAUGAUGCUUGAAUUUUGCGAGACAAUGUCACCGAAUCUUGACGGAUACGAGGCGGAUGGGGCUUGGCCCACUCUUUUGGAUGAUUUUACAAAGCUGUUCCGUUUUACGCUUUGGGUGGUGACGAUGGACCGGGAAAUCCCGGGGAAAACAGAUACAAACACUUAA